UGGAUAUUUGCAUUUUCCAUCAACAUGUCAAGUGACAUGAUAAAACCAGGUCAUUCCGUUAAAAUUCAUCAGAAAGUUGAUCCACAACGGGCCACUGCUAGAACCUUUUUCAUUGAUGCUUCUAAUCAGAGCUUGACUACCAUUCCACCAGAGAUCUUCGACUUCGAAGAAUUAGAAGAAGUGCAUCUGGAAAACAACCAGAUUGAAGAAAUCCCCCGGGGUAUUCAGCGUUUAAAGAACGUCCGGAUCCUCUACCUGAACAAGAACAAGCUGAGAAAGCUGUGCCCAGAGCUGGGCACGCUGAGCAGCCUGGAGGGCCUGGACCUGAGUGACAACCCGCUCCUGUCCUCGGCCCUUCCUGUCCUCAGAGGCCUGCGGGGGCUGCGGGAGCUCCGCCUGUACCACACUGACCUGGCCGAGAUCCCCGUGGACCUCUGCAAACUCCUCCACCACCUCGAGCUGCUUGGGCUGGACGGAAACCACCUGAAAUCUCUGCCCAAGGAAGUAGUGAACCAUACCAAACUGAGGGAGAUCUACCUGAAGCAAAACCAGUUUGAAGUCUUUCCUCCCGAGCUCUGUGCUCUCUCCAACCUGGAGAUCGUUGACCUGGAUGACAACAAACUAACUGCCAUCCCACCGGAGAUUGGGAACCUGACCAGGCUGCAGAAGUUCUACGUGGCUCGCAACAACCUGCUCCUCCUACCCGAGUCGCUGUGCCAGUGCAGCAAACUGUCCGUGCUGGAUCUGUCCCACAACCGCCUCCACUCGCUCCCACACUCCCUGGCCGAGCUGUCGGGGAUGACGGAGAUUGGGCUGAGCGGGAACCACCUGGAGAAGGUGCCACGCCUCAUCUGCAAGUGGACCUCGCUGCACCUGAUCUACCUCCGCGACACCGGCCUGCGGGCGCUGCGGCGCUCCUUCCGGCGGCUGGUCAACCUGCGCUUCCUGGAUCUCAGCCAGAACCACCUGGAACGCUUUCCGCUGCAGAUCUGUGCGCUCAGGAACCUAGAGAUCCUGGCGCUGGAUGAUAAUAAAAUAUGCCAGUUGCCUCCAGACUUUGUAUCCCUUUCAAAGCUGAAGAUGCUUGGAUUAACAGGAAAUCAGUUGGCUUCAUUUCCAGAAGAAAUCCUUUCUUUAGAGUCUUUAGAGAAAUUAUACAUUGGGCAAGACCAGGGAGCCAAGCUCACCUAUAUGCCAGAAGACAUUAGUAAACUACAGAAUCUUAAAGAGCUGUAUAUAGAGAACAAUCAUCUGGAGUACCUGCCCACAUCCUUGGGAUCCAUGCCUAACCUGGAAAUUCUAAAUUGCUGCCACAACCUGCUUAAGCAACUUCCAGAUUCCAUUUGCCAAGCACAAGCUUUGAAAGAAUUACUGCUUGAGGACAACUUGAUCACCUGUCUUCCAGAGAAUUUGGAUAGCCUGAUGAAUCUAAAGGUUUUGACACUGAUGAACAAUCCUAUGGAGGACCCCCCAGGAGAAGUGUGCGCUGAAGGCAAUCAGGCUAUAUGGACAUACUUUAAGACAAAAAGAAACAUGAAAAUAAUGGCAACAAAGAUUCAGGCAUGGUGGCGUGGAAUAAUGGUCCGGAAAGGAUUGGGGAGAUUUGAAGAACUAAAAGUGCAAAAGAAAGGAAAGACUUCUCCAAAAGAUAAGAAAGGGGGGAAAAAUGCAAAAGGAAAAGCUGUGAAGAAAAAUAAGAAAUAA